CUCCACUCCAAGCAAUUUAAGGUCUAAUAAGCUAGGCAUGGAUAUUCAAACAUCAUUGACAAAGAUGAUAUUUGAUCGCAAAAAGAAUGUUGAAAUGAAGAAUCAUGAUAGCUAUGGCACAGAUCUUUUGGGCCUAAUGAUGGAUGCUUAUAAGAAUGAAUUGAAGGACAAGAAGAAUUUUCUCAGCUUAUCUCUUCAACAUAUGGUUGAUGAGUGCAAGACUUUCUUUACUGCAGGAAGUGAGACUACUGCCACUUUACUCACAUGGACACUCAUUAUACUAGGAAUGCACACGAAUUGGCAAGACCAAGCAAGGGAGGAAGUUCUUCAUAUCUUCAACAAAGAAAUUCCAAAAUUUGAGGCCCUCUCUCGCCUAAAACUAGUGAACAUGAUUUUUUAUGAGGUGUUGAGGCUUUAUCCUCCAGCAACAUUUUUAACAAGAAAGGCUGACAAAACGAUGCAACUAGGAAAUUUGACUAUCCCAGCAGGCACAGAGCUUGUGCUACCCACAUUAAUGGUGCAACAUGAUGAAGAGUUGUGGGGGAAAUAUGCCAAAGUGUUUAAUCCCUUGAGAUUUAGUGAAGGGAUUUCAAAGGCCUCUACCCAUCCUGCCGCAUUCACAAGUUUUGGGUUUGGACCUAGAACCUGUAUAGGACAAAAUUUUGCAUUGAUUGAAGCCAAGGUGAUACUCAUAAUGAUCUUGCAACAUUUCUCUUUCUCUAUCUCACCUACCUACAUCCAUGCCCCUGCAUUGGUUUUCACUCUUCAACCAUUACAUGGAGCUCAAAUCACGUUUCAAAAUUUACAAAAUUAAGCCUUCUUGCAAUUUUGUAACAUUAUGCAUGGACAUGUUA